AUGAAACAAUUAACACCCAAAUUUCCUUCGUACGAUUUCACUCAUCAAAGUCUUCUUCGAUCGUAAUACCCUAAACCCAUCUCCAGCAUCAAAUCCUCACCUUUUCAAUGAUUCAGUUAUUGUUUACUCUGAUUUUCACCGAAAUGGCGUUGAUCGUGACCUUCGUGUUCAAGACGCCAUUCAGGAAGCUGGUGAUAAUGUGCAUAGAUCGGGUCAAGCGGGGCCGCGGCCCAAUCGUGGUGAAGACUGUUGCCGCUACAGUCUUCGUGGUGAUGAUGUCCAAUUUGUACAAUGUGGUGGCUAUCCACAGGCAUUGGAUGGAAGAUGGUGAUAUUAACCCCACUGAACAGAUUCUCUUGGCUAAGCACCUCCUCGAAGCUUCGCUCAUGGGAUUUUCUCUAUUCCUUGCAUUCAUGAUCGACAAGUUACAUCAUUAUAUCCGAGAACUUCGCAUAAGGAGGAAGACCAUGGAAGCUGCAAAGAAACAAAACCAACCUUUUGAGGAUGGCAAGACUCCAGUUUCUGAAGAAAUAAAAGCCUUGGAAGAAGAGAUGGCCCCAUUGCGGGCAAGGAUCAAGCAGCUUCAGUCAGAACUUGAGGAAAAGACUGAAGAGGCAAGCAAUGCAGAAGCCCAUGUUCUAGCUUUGAAAAAACAAUCAGAGGGUUUUCUUAUGGAAUACGAUCACUUGCUUGAGGAAAACCAGAGCCUUCGAAGCCAACUACAAUCACUGGAUCGGUAAUUUUCACAUUCUGAUAGCAAGAAGGCUAUGUAAGGGACGACUUACCUGUGGUUUUUUAUUUUCGUUUUGUGAGCUUGUGGUUUUCAUGCUGUUUAUAGCAUACUUUUCACGGAUGAAGUUGGUGUUCAAUGAAUUGGAAGCGGAUUAGGCAUUGGAAUUUGAGAUGAAAAUUUCAUU